UAGCCGAGUUGGUCAGUCUUGAUUUAUAUUCCAAGUCAAGUGGACGCGCACGUGUAGUGAUAAACUCAAAAAUGGCAUUUGUUUUUAAUGCAUUUUCAACAAGAAUGUUUUCAAACAAAAACAAGGAAAAUGAUAUUUCAGAAGGAGGAGAAAUAGAAGAUGGAGAAAUCGUAGAAGAAGAUAAGAGUGAUAAAUCGAAGAAGAACUUAGAGAAAUUACAUUCUGAAGCUAAAAAUGAUGUAAAUAAUCAGACUUCUGGGAAACAGGAAUUAAUGCCGACAAACUCACAGCAAUUACAUCGUGAAGGAGAAAUUGAUACAGAUAGUCAUACUUCUGGGGAAAAGGAAUUAAUGCCGAUAACACCAAGGACUCGCUACUCAAGGGGGAGAAGUGGAGGCAUAAAAAAGAAGAAAAGGUAUGACGCAUUUAAGGCUAUUGCUAAGGGAAAACAGGAGGAAAAAAAAACAAAAGGAAAAAGUGAACAAAAACAAAAAAAAGGAAAAAAAUUAGAAGUUAAAAAAGGAAAUGAAAAUAAAAUAAACGAAAACAAAUUUAUAAUUAUCGCGAAGGGGGGGGGUGUAAUUAAUAUUCACAAUUAA